AUGGAAAAAUACGUGUUUCCCACAAAGCCCAAGGCUAACCUGAAAGCGAUAAUCUCUGGUCCCAACUAUCGAUUUACUGUUCUUACAGAUCGUUUGCUGCGUUUUGAAUGGGCCGAAGAUGGCCAGUUUGAAGAUCGAGCUUCCACUUUUGCCAUCAACCGCGACCUUCCAGUACCAGAGUUUAGGAUAAUUGACAACGGCGGGUUGGAAAUCAUCACGGAGCACUUUCACUUGAGCUAUGAUAAGAAGAGAUUCAGCCCCAAUGGGAUGGUUGCUCAUCUGAGCGCGAAAACGACCAAGUACGGAACCGAAUGGCGAUUUGGAACUCCGUCUACGCUCAACUUAGGAGGAACAGCAAGGACAUUAGAUCUAUGCGAUGGCCGAUGUGAUAUGGGAGAUGGAGUCCUGUCGAAAGCAGGCUUCGCUGUGAUCGAUGACUCCGAGUCCAUGCUCUUUGAUGGACAGGGCUUUGUCGCGAGCCGGCCAGCCGGAGACCGGGUAGAUGGAUACCUCUUCGCCUACGGUCGCGAUUAUAAGGCAGCGAUAAAAGCAUUUUAUGCUGUAUCUGGCAAACAGCCAGUCGUACCUCGAUACGCUUUAGGCAACUGGUGGAGUCGGUAUUAUCCAUAUCGACAGGAGGAGUAUCUCCAGCUCAUGGAUAGGUUCCACGACCUGGAGAUCCCGAUGUCUGUAGCCGUUCUCGACAUGGAUUGGCAUUUAGUGUCAGACGAGCGAGUACCACACGCUGGCUGGACGGGUUAUACAUGGAAUAAAGAGCUGUUUCCCGACCCGGCAUUGUUCGCCCGUGAAGUCCACAAGCGCAACCUGAAGAUAACGUUGAAUGACCAUCCCCACGAUGGGAUUCACUCUCACGAGGAUGCUUACGAGGAGAUGGCAAAGUUCCUGGGUCAUGACACGAAACACAAAACCCCGAUACUGUUUGAUUCAACCGACCCGAAGUUCAUGGAUGCUUACCUCAAUAUUCUUCACCGAAACCUUGAAGCUGUAGCAUGCGACUUUUGGUGGAUUGAUUGGCAACAGGGGCCGUACUCAAAAAUCCCUGGAAUUGACCCCUUGUGGAUGCUGAAUCAUUUCGCUUAUCUCGAUCAUGGACGGGAUGGCAAGAUCCCGCUCAUCCUCUCCCGAUAUGCUGGCCCCGGAAGUCACCGAUAUCCCCUUGGGUUCUCCGGAGACACGGUGGUGACCUGGGCCUCACUCGAAUUUCAACCAGAGUUUACGGCGACUGCAUCGAAUAUUGGGUACGGGUGGUGGAGCCACGAUAUUGGCGGCCACAUUCACGGUGGCCGUGACGACGAGCUUGUCACCCGAUGGGUGCAGCUGGGAGUCUUUUCACCCAUCAUGCGGCUACAUUCAACAUCAUCACGGUGGAUGUCUAAAGAGCCAUGGCUCUAUCGCACCGAGUGCGGGUCUGUUAUGUCGAAAUUUUUGAACUUCCGGCACAGACUCGUGCCAUUCCUCUAUACACGGAACCUAAUCGGCGCAGACGAGGACGAGCCCCUUGUACAGCCCAUGUACUGGGAGUACCCAGGGCGUGAAGAAGCCUACUCCGUGACAAACCAAUUCUUUUUCGGGUCUGAGCUGGUAGUCGCUCCAAUUGUGCAGCCACGGGACAAGCGGACUAAUCUGGCAUCAGUGAAAGCCUGGCUGCCACCCCGUGGACUACACGUUGAUAUCUUCACUGGUACAGUCUACGACGGGGAUCGCGCAUUAACCUUAUAUCGCAAAUUGGAGGACUACCCUGUUCUGGCCCACGAGGGAUCAAUUAUCCCCCUGGACGCUUCCUCACUGAAUGGCUGCCUCAACCCGGAUGCCUUCGAAGUUCUUAUCCUGGUUGGAAAAGAUGCUUAUACGGAGGUGCUCGAAGAUAACCGUGACAAUAGACAGCAAGAGAGUGCUGGUGCGGUCGAAAGGCAGGUCUCCACCGUCCGGUAUAUACAGACAGAUGGUAGACUUACUGCCGAGGUCACUGGAAGACUGUGGACUUUCAACUUCCUUGCCUUUACCUCUGUACCAAAAAGCCUAAAGGUACUAAUCGAUGGAGUUGACCGAACCGAUGAUGCCACUUGUCCGUCCGUGCCCAAUGAAACUUACGAUAUCACUAUCGAACUGGGGCCUGACCCCCAAGUCGGCGUGAUAGACCACAUUCCACGUCUCGAGGAAUUGAUUAGGGACUAUCAGAUCGAGUUCCGGAUGAAGAACAUGUUGUGGGAUGUGGUGGAGGGUUUCAGGACCGGCCUCUCAAUGUGA